CGUUACUCAAAGGGUUUGAAGUCCACGCUACGCGGAAAGAGCAGCUAGCUAGCUAAGCUAACAGCGCCGCAUCUGUGCCCCGUAACAGGACGGCGACUUUACGCAAACACGGUCGGUGAAGUAAUCGUUGCGCUGACGCCAAGUCUUUAUUGCAAAACCGCUCCAAAAUUACUUUUUUUUGAGUUGUCAGUACAACAUUGAAAUGCACGAAACCGGGACGUAGGCGGUCUGUCCCAAGACGCUCCUUGUACUUUUGCAGCUUUUAAAGGCCUCGGGUCGUAUUUUUGUAUUGUUUAGUUAAUUGAAUUACGCGCUGCUGUUGUUGCUGCUACCCGGAUCCGAAAGUGGACGUUAACGACAAUCAUGGACGGGGGAAAAAAAAGCACAGAGAAUGGUUGUAUUUCAGCGACUGCAGUGUUACUGCUUCUAAUCUCAGUAUGCGGCUCGAUGUGUAACGCCGAUGAGGCGUCCUGUAGCGGCGUUUUUGAUCUCUACUUCGUGUUAGAUAGGUCUGGAAGUGUGGCACAUAACUGGCAUGAGAUUUAUGGAUUUGUAGAGCAGCUCACCCAUAAAUUUGUGAGCCCAAGGACAAGAGUGUCAUUCAUUGUGUUCUCUUCUAAGGCUGAAGUAAUGUUGCCACUCACUGGAAACAGCUAUGAAAUAGAACAAGGCCUACUGCGAUUAAGUGAAGUGAAGCCGUCAGGUGAAACAUAUAUGCAUGAAGGAUUUCAGAAGGUGACAGAACAGAUGAAGGAUCAGAAAUCAAAGUCUUCCAGCAUUAUUAUUGGCUUAACUGAUGGGAAGCUGGAUCCCUUUCUCUACCAAAUGACAGUGAAAGAGGCAAAUAUUGCACGCGACUAUGGUGCGAGAGUUUACUGCGUUGGCGUGAAGGAUUUCGAUGAGAAUCAGCUUGUAGAUGUGGCUGACUCGAAACAGCAGGUUUUCCCUGUUAGAGAUGGCUUUCAGGCACUCAGAGGCAUUGUGAAUUCGAUUUUGAAGCGGUCCUGUAUAGAGGUGUUUUCAGUGGAACCAACCAGCGUCUGCGUGAAUGAAUCCUUCACUGUUGUGGUGAGAGGAAAUGGUUUCGGGCUGGGAAAAGGCACGGAAGGAGCACUCUGCAGAUACACAAUCAACGGCCAGAUCUAUGAUGAGAAGCCAACCGAAGCGUACGACUAUUAUAUCCUUUGUCCCACACACAAGCUGCACGAAGUCGGAGAAAAGAUGACUGUACAGAUCAGUCUGAACAGGGGCCAGUCCUUCAUUGCAAAUGAAAUCAUCUCUGCCACAACAUGUUCCAGCGGCAUAGGGGUGCUCAUCUUCUUCCUGGUGCUGCUUCUGCUUGCGGCCCUGGCUGCGAUGUGGUGGUUCUGGCCUCUUUGCUGCACUGUGGUCAUCAAGGAUCCUCCUCCACCGCCCCCACCUGCCCCCAAACCCGAGCCUGAGCCAGAUCUAUCUCCCAAGAAAAAAUGGCCCACUGUAGAUGCAUCUUACUAUGGGGGAAGAGGAGCUGGAGGAAUCAAACGCAUGGAGGUUCGUUGGGGGGAGAGAGGCUCCACAGAAGAGGGGGCAAGACUCGAGAAAGCCAAAAAUGCUGUGGUGUCCAUCCCAGAGGAAGUCGAAGAACCAGUGAUAAGAAACCCACCCCCGAGACCAGCCACCACCUACCAGCACCACGAAUCUAAGUGGUACACCCCUAUAAAGGGGCGCCUAGAUGCCCUGUGGGCUCUGCUGCGGAGGCAAUAUGACCGAGUUUCUCUAAUGAGACCAACGGGAGAAGACAAGGGUCGUUGUAUUAAUUUUAAUAGAAUCCAAACCUAUUAGACUGAAAACAGGAUGGCCUUUGAAAUACAUGGGGAACUACCUACUGAGGACAAUGGAAGAAAGGCUACCCUGGAAGACCUCACAGCUGAAUCCCACAACCACUAUCGUCUUGUGUUCAAUUCAUAAUUUAUAUGCACUUAAGUUUCCCACCUUACCCAAUAAUGUAGAGUGUUUUUUUUCAAUAGUGAAAUAUUUUAGGCUUUUGAUCUUUAUAUCAGUUAAUUUGAGGAGGAUUUUUUAUUUUUUUUUUUUGGUGUACAAUUUUGAAGAAAAUUGAAUUUUAAUGCGAUGUGUUCAUGCCUCAUAGUUGGUUUUCCUCUUAAGCACUUAUGCCUUAAUGUAUUAUUCUUUGAAAUGUGUUAACUUUCAUUCAGGCCUUGUUUAUUGAAAAGUAGCAUAAAAAUAUGGAUAUGAGGCUUAAGACUUUGGCAUUCACCCAGUACACCUGUGGGAGGUGCUCAUGCUGCCAUCAGUUAGAUACACCAGUUGACUUGCACCUUUUCCUCAUAGGACUGUUUUUUUUUUUUUUAAUUAUCUUCUGGCACAGUGUAACACUGAUCCAAUUCAGAAGGAGAAAGGAUAUUUUGAAAUGUUAGAUACCAAAGAGGCCAGAAUGCUUAUUUUCCUGAUGACUUUUUGUGUGCCUGGUUGUAUUGUGUCCUAUACUUUUAUUAUUGAAGUAUGGUAAUCUGUAGAUAGACCUGACUAUUUAAGUGUUUGCAAAUGCCUUAAUAUGGAGUUUUCAUAAGGAUAUUUUGUCUAUACAGAUUUCUGUCUUAUAGUCAUCCACUCAUGGCUCAUGAGAAUUUCAGGUUAAUUAAUGUAAUUAAUGACUACAAUAAGCAGUAGCCUGUGAAGAUCUUCAGUUUUUUCUAGCCUUUUCUCAUAGGGAGACCUGUUACUGUCUGAGACUUUGAUGACCACUGUGCCUUUGCAGUACAAUUAAGGGGCAUAAGAAAAAGAAAGAAAAGUCUGUAUGACAUUGUGAACAACAAAAAUAUUGACUAUAUAUUGAUUGGAAAAACUUUGCUGGUUAUUGCUUGUUUUCUAAAUAAGUAAAAACAAUUGCAUGUAACUGGACAAACAUGCUCAGGAUUGGGGGAAAAUUAGACUAAAUUGAGACAUGAUAGAUUCCUUGCACUGUAAAUUAUGUAAUUCUGAAGUAAGGUUUAUAGUUCGUUACCUGCAGAAGUAUUGACUGUAAUGGGACAAGUCAACAGCAGUGUUAAAAUCCCUAAAUGAAAACUAUUGUGAAAAUGAGUCUAUCAUAGUAUUUGCAACAAUAUUUAUAUAUCAGACCGUGCUUUUUGUCUUUUUAUUUGUGUUUUUCCAUUCACAAGGUAGAAACUGUUAUAUUCGUAAUUCAAUCAGAUGAGACUUUUUUUCGUUUUUCAGAUUUGUUUUCUCAGCAUUAAACCAGGUAUUUUAAUUUUAUUUCGCACUUUAUGCACUGUUUAUGGUUUUAUAGCUUUUUAUUACUACAAAUGGUUAUGCUCAGUCACAUUUACUUUACUGUUAUUUGUAAAGUUUGAACACACUUGGAUGGGUUCAAGAAGUGUACACGAAAAGAAUCAAAAUAGCAUGAAAGUGGAUAUGAGGCUUAAGGCUUUGGGAAUCUUGCAAGCAUUUAGUACACCUGUAGUAGGUGCCCAUACUGCCAUUAGUUAAAGACCCACCAAAGACACCAUUUGACUUGCACCUUUUCCUCAUAGGAAUGCAUUUUCAAUUAUAUUCUGGCACAGUAUAACACUGAUGCAAUUCUGAAGGAGAAAAAAUAUUUUGAAAUGUUACGGAUACCAAAGAGGCCAGAAUGCUUAUUUUCCUGAUGACUUCUUGUGUGUCUGGUUUUAUUGUGUCUUGUACGCUUAUUAUUGGGAAGUAUGGUAAUCUCUAGAUAGUCAGGUCUGAGUGUUUACAGAUGCCUUAAUGUGGAGUUUUCAUAAGGAUAUUUUGUCUAUACAGAUUCCUGUCUGUUAGUCUUCUACUCAUGGCUCAUGAGAAUUUCAGGUUAAUUGAUGUAAUAAAUGACUACAAUAAGCAGCCAUUAAUUACAAAUAAUAAAAGAAGCAGUUUAUAGCUUUAUAUUAUUACAAUGGGUUAUGCUCAGUCACAUUUCCUUUUUUCUUUAAGUUCUUGAACACACUUGGAUGGGGCCAAAAAGUGUACACAGAAGUUUGCUUUUCACUUCAACAUGGUAAAUCUAAACAUGCUAAACUAUUGUAUAGUAACUAUUACUAUAAACAUGCACACAUUUUGGAAAAGUAAAAUUUUGUUUUCUCCAUUAAUUUCACGUUGUUAGACCGACAUUGUUUAUUAGUGUGUUUACUACUUCUGUGUUUGUUCAUUAAACAUUGAGUGUUUGAUGUGUUCGGAUAGAUUUCGUAUCGAGGUGUAGUGCUGAACAUGUGGACCAAAUAAUAUUCUGCUAAUUCCUAGCUUCCCAUUUUUAAAAGUAAUUGUGCAUCUACUGUUUUGUCAUUGUCUGCAUGCCUUGAGCAGAUGGAUCACAUCCGGCAUGAUGUAUUUAACCCAAGAAAGUUAUUUCUUGGCAUGAUUUAUCCAAGCAUCCAUUUUGGGGCCAACAGAUGAGCUUCAGAUACAGUAGGCUUUCCAGAAUGACUGAGGUCCUAGGAUUUAAUCAGUGCACCCUGGGUAGCAUCGCCAACCAUAUUGUUGAUUGAACAAGCCAGUGGUGCUGAAAUUAUUAUAUAUUGCAACAUACAGAAUUUCAAAUGUCUGAGUCAUACUUUACAGUGAACAGUGUUUGAGUACAAGUACAGACGGUGUUUUGGGUUCUCUGUGACUUUAGUGCCUUAUGAGCUUUUAAAAAUGCUUUUAUUCCUUACCAUAACACUGUUUUGUAUUUUUGGUAUUGCUUACUAUCAAUCAUGCAAUGUUAGAAAAAUAAAAGCAUCUUUCAGAAUAUG